UUCGAACCCAGAUUACACAGCCACCAGUUGACACUAAAGUCAUUUUAAGUUCUAAUGCUGAAAUGCAAUGUAAAGUUUCACAUGAUUCAAAUGUACCAUAUACAAUUGCUUGGUAUUUUGGUACUAAGAAACUGGAAUCUCGAAUUGGUGGUCGAGUGCAAAUAUUAAAUGAUAAUACUUUGCAAAUAAGACAAGCUCGUAAUACUGAUGUUGGUCUCUAUACCUGUGAAGUUAUAUCUCCUGGUGGAAAUGAAACAAGAAGUGCAAAAUUGAAUGUUAUUGAACUUCCUCAUCCUCCAGCAAAUGUAAAAGUUGAUUUAUUAAAUACCCUUCCAAAAACUGUUAAUAUUAGUUGGUCAAAUGGUUUUGAUGGGAAUAGUCCAAUUACAAAUUACAUUGUACAGAAGCGUACAGUUCCUUCUUCAGAUGGUUAUGUAGAAUCAUUAAUUCCAUGGGUAACUGCUAAAACAAAUAUUUCUGGUACUCAGAGAUAUGCUAUUUUAAGCAAUUUGAAACCUGCAUCUAGUUACCAGUUUCGUAUGAGUGCUGUCAAUGGAGUAGGAGAGGGUAAUCCUAGCAAAGAAACAGAAGUGAUAACAUUGCCUCCUGAAC